AUGGCGUCGGAAGCACAGAAAGUGGUAGUUCAUCUGAGAGCCACCGGUGACGCUCCGAUUCUCAAGCAAUCCAAAUUCACGAUUGCCGGAACAGACAAGUUUGCGAAAGUAAUCGAUUUUCUUCGCCGUCAGCUUCACAGGGACACACUGUUUGUGUAUGUAAACAGCGCCUUCUCACCGAAUCCUGAUGAGCUGGUCCUAGAACUUUAUAAUAAUUUCGGCAUUGAUGGCAAAUUGGUGGUCAAUUACGCAUGCUCCAUGGCGUGGGGGUAA